CGAUUUUGGGCGGGGAAAGGCAGAAGGGGGCGGCGGCCGCCGCGGUGGCGCUCCGGCAGAUAUAGCGCCCAGCCGCCCAAAGCCCGGAAGCUCGCUUCGGAGAGAACGAGAACGAGAGAGAGGGCGGCUGGCUGGCCUGGCCCUUCUCCUCAGCAUGGCCCUCUCCCCGCCUCCGCCGCCGCCGGGCUUCCGCAGCCCCUUCGCCCGGCCCCGCUGCCUGGCCGCCGCCGCCCCCGCCGGCAAAGCCAAGCUCACCCACCCCGGCAAAGCCAUCCUGGCAGGUGGCAUUGCUGGCGGCAUUGAGAUCUGCAUUACAUUCCCUACAGAGUAUGUGAAGACUCAGCUCCAGCUGGAUGAGAAGGCCAACCCGCCACGCUAUAAGGGGAUUGCGGACUGUGUGAAGGUGACGGUCCAAGACCAUGGGAUCAGAGGCCUGUAUCGGGGCCUCAGUUCGUUGGUAUAUGGCUCCAUACCGAAGGCUGCCGUGAGGUUUGGCAUGUUUGAAUUCCUCAGUAACCACAUGAGAGAUGCCGAAGGGAAGCUGGACAGCAAACGUGGCCUCCUUGCUGGCUUGGGAGCUGGCGUGGCGGAAGCUGUGGUCGUGGUGUGCCCUAUGGAAACAAUAAAGGUGAAGUUCAUCCAUGAUCAAUGUUCUCCAAGGCCAAAGUAUCGAGGUUUUUUUCAUGGAGUGCGGGAGAUUGUUCGGGAUCAAGGCCUCAAGGGCACCUACCAAGGUUUAACAGCCACUGUCCUCAAACAGGGAUCAAACCAGGCCAUUCGCUUUUUUGUCAUGACAGCGCUCAGGAACUGGUACAAAGGGGAUGAUGCAAACAAAGUCAUAAACCCUCUUGUGACGGGAUUAUUUGGGGCUGUGGCUGGGGCGGCCAGUGUCUUUGGAAACACCCCGCUGGACGUUGUGAAGACCAGGAUGCAGGGUCUCGAGGCCCACAAGUACAAGAGCACCUGGGACUGUGCCUAUAAGAUCAUGAAACACGAAGGACCUCUUGCGUUCUACAAGGGUACCAUCCCUCGCCUGGGCCGGGUCUGCUUAGACGUGGCCAUUGUCUUCAUCAUCUAUGACGAAGUGGUCAAGGCCCUCAACAAAGUGUGGAAGACCGACUGAGCCCUUGGGGCCUGCAGCGGAGACACGACCAUCUCCCCACCUGCCAGGCAACAGCUGGGAAAAGAGCAUGACCACAGAAGGCAUUCUAGGGGGGAUGUUUUGUUGUUGGUUUAUUUUUUGUUUUGUUUUUGCUGUGCGGGGCCCCUCCAUGGGUUCAAACCAGACACGAAUCGCGUCCCCAAGCUGCUAUUUCUAUACCAGGCUUUGUGAUAUAUAUUUAUCGGAAUUAACUGUAGAGAUUUUUUUUUAAUUAUUGAUUGUACACUGACACGACCAGGGGACGUUUGGGAAGGGAAGGUCACGGAAUUGCAAAAUUCACGUGCCAUCUUUUGGCUAGGCCUUUUUUUCUGCCCACUUGAGCAAGGACAGUUCACUUAGUGCCUAUAAGAAAGGGGGAGAAAAGAGAGUGCCCUCCAACCUAGAGCGUUUUAGAAUCAAAGCCACUUCUUCCCAUUCAAAAAAAACAAUGGAUUUGGGAUGGUAAUGGUGGAGUUUGCUUUUAAUUGAGUUUUAAUUCCUCUGCCAGUAAUUGAACCCGUUGAAUCGUUGACUUAGAUGAGCUCAAGAUUGGGGGGCAAGGGGGUUAGAUGUAUAACUUUGUGACAGUCUUGAAGCGCACGCACCUCGCUCACACACGCACAUUUUUUUUGUUUUUAUGGGCACGCUUUAACAAAGGGAGAAAGGACUUUGGAGGUGAUGGCGGCAAGAAAAAAAACCUUGAGCACAUUCCACGGUCAUCCUCCAACGGCUUUCUCUCAACACCUUGUGGCUUCUCUUUCUCUUCUGAGCCACAGCGAGGCUUCUGGCCCAGAUAGGGAUCGCACCACUGUAUAUGUGUGGCUUUUUCUUUUUAUCUCCCUCUCUUUUUAAUUUUCGGAUAGACCUUGACAUCUGUCCCCGUCAGCCGGUGGCAUUCAUUUUGUAGGCUGGCAAACAGCAGCUACCAUAGGUGCCUAAAAAGGUAUUUUUCCUUGAGUAUCUUUGUUUCCCAAAAUGUUGUUGCUGGGCAUCUCUCAGUAAUGCUGGCCUUUAGCCCUGCUGUUUGGGAGUUUGAAGUCCCAUGAUGUUUGACUGCAACGGGAAGAGGAAUAAUUACAGUUUUUGGAGGCAUAGUAGGACACAAUGGUAAGGAGUGGGCUCAGUUGCACCAGAGAGUCUAGCCACUUGCCGGCCAGAGAAAUGGAACUACUAGCAAGGGCUGGUGGUGGGCACGGAGGUCUUGGCAGCUGCCGACAGUGCCAACCAAUGUCACCAUUUCCUAUUCUUCAGCCCUAGAGAUAGGACACCCGUGACCUUCUUAAGUCAGUGUUGUCAAACUUGUGGUCCUCCAUAUAUUAGGACAUCAGCUCCCAGAAUUCCUGACUAUUGGACAAGCUGUGUUUCUGGGAGUUGGAGUCCCAAAUACCUGGGGGGCCACAGCUUUGAUACAUCUGCUCUAAGCCCUUAGCCGAGCCAGCAUGUCAAUGCUGACGGAUGUCAGGAGUUGCAUUCCAGCACUGCACAGCAGGCUUGACAUUCCCUUUUCUUCCCCCCUUUUUCCUAUGUGUUGCUCACAUGCUAAGAAGAUUUUUUAAAAUGAAUGUUUCCCCGUGAAAAAUGACAUUCUCUGUUUGUGUAGCUUUUCCUGCUGGGUUGGGAGGGGACAACCUUCCUUGCUCUCUCAACGAACUCAUUCCAUAACAUUUGCUUGUUUACAUUUUCGGCUUGGAAGACGAACGCUUAGGCCUUAAAAGUCAGCCAAUGGCAAGGCGAGCUCUCCCUUUGGUGUGCCGAGACACCCCAGUCUAGAUGCAACGGGGUGCUUCCUUUUCCAAAGAGUCAUCUUCUGCCUCCCCACUUUUUUUUCUCAUUUGGUUUGAGGGCCACAGCAAGUCCCUAACGGAGUAACUUAAGACUUGACAAACGCAACGCUGAAUUUAGUCCUGCUUGUACUGUAUUGGGAGGGGACUGCCUAACGGUGUCUUUUUGUUGUCCAGGUGCCAAGAGAGCUUGCGGCAAUACCAUUCCGCGUCUGUGCCAAAUUUUGUAUAUGUUUGUCUCUCUUGUACACUUAGUGAUCCCCCCCCAACCCAACCCCAGUGUUUGUUAGCUAUCUGCUGUUGAGUUAGUUAAAUGCAGCCUGUUGUUGAUGGAGAGAGAAAACCAAGCGACCUCUGCUCUCCCUCCGCCAUGUUUGCAGGUAUGGUAGGGUUGCCAGUUGAAUAAAAUUAUUUGGCUGAUUUUAA